AACAGACUCCCCUGGAAGUGCCCAAGCUGAGCCGUGGAAGACCCACAUCGAUGAAAGCCAAGCCAAGCCAUCAAGCCACCAGCAUGUCCUCGUCUCUUCGAGUAAGCCCGUCCAUCCACGGCUACCACUUCGACACAGCCGCUCGCAAGAAAGCUGUGGGCAACAUCUUUGAGAACAUAGACCAGGAGUCCCUGCAGAGGCUCUUCAGGAACUCCGGAGACAAGAAGGCAGAGGAGCGGGCCAAGAUCAUUUUUGCCAUCGACCAAGAUUUGGAGGAGAAAACUCGAGCCCUCAUGGCCCUGAAGAAGAGGACAAAAGACAAGCUUCUUCAGUUUCUCAAACUGCGGAAAUAUUCCAUCAAGGUACACUGAGCACAGCAGGCUGGGCAAGAGCGUAUCCACCAAUGGACCUUUAAAGACCCAGUGAGCCUGCCAGCUCUGGCACGGGCAGUGUCCCGCGAAAAGGCUUGAGAGCUUCCUCCGACAGGACCCCGAGGAUGGAAAGGGACAUACAUAACUCACCAGCUACACAGACUUGCAACUCAUUGCAGCCCUGAGCUGUCCCACUGGGAGCCAAGUGCCUUCAGCAGGCGUUGAGAACUCUCACAGCAGGAAAGGACAUAGCCUGAGAGGAUGGAGGCACUGACCAGAACACUGCGUUUGUGGGGACUGAGUGCACGCACCCAGGGCCGUUGGCAAGGCCCUAAGACUAAACUCAAACCUAACUUGGUUUUUGUUCUUGUUGUUCGGUUUAUUAUUUUGUUUUCUUUUUUCUUUUCUUCCUUUUUUCUUUUUUUAAAUAUUGAAGUGGGGAGGGAGGGAAGAGAAGGAAUAUGAAGCAUAAGUGGUUUACUGAAGUUUUGUGUGUUUUUUUUUUUAAAUCUGAAUGUUUAAAAAUGUGGCUAAAUCUCCGUGCUGUUUAUUGGUCAAGAUUUUUAGAGAUCAGUAAUUGUCUGCUUGCAUUGAAUACAAUGGCUAAGACAGUGCACCCCCUGCUGUUAAAGUCAAAGAACUGGAUGCCUGGCCCAGCCCAGUAAAACCCCACAGCAUGGGCUAUGUUUCUACAGGAUUUGUACACACUUCAAAAUGGUUUGCACAAAGCUGAAAUAAUGGGGCCCUUCAUAAAUCCGAAGGACUGUGAACAACUUUCGAAUGUGCUUUUUAAAACUCUCUGACUAAUGCUAAAAUCUAAUCUAAUUAAAUGUCCUCCAGACACUGUAGUAAGCAUUAGGAAAUGAAUAUGGGGGAUUUUAGAAGGAUGCUGUGGGUUUUUUAAAAUUAUUUAUUAUGCAUUGUAAGUGAUACAUAGCCCUAAUAAAUUAUUAUCAACUUAGCUUCUCUUUGCUCUGUGGUGAUCCGUCCCCAAGGGAAAAAUAUAGGAUGGUAAAUUUUGAUCAUUGUAAACUUUUCUAGGGGUUGACUCUAAAUCUUCCAGAGUAGCUUUAUGCUGAUUGCCAAACUUUUCCAAAACAAGUUACAGCGCCAAGUGUCUACAGAGCCUUCUCCCCGCCCCCAUUUUAAACUUCAUGGCAUAGAGUUUCCCACAGAGUAAUUUGGCAAUAUUGCUUUUAUAUAUCCAUAAUCUAUCUUCAUUUUUCGUGAAAUUUCUCCUCUGUCACUACAGCAGAUACAUACCCAUUUAUUUCUUCCUAAACGGUAUGUUUUGAAGUUCGAGUGAAUUAUGAUGAAGUUUCUGUGGGUCAUUAUAACAUUAAUAUCUCUCUCCUUAUUCCAGUAUAAUUUAUAAUAAAGCAUUUCUAAAAAGGCAUAAGCCAA